CAGGUACCCAAAAACCCUCCCAUCUCUAGCGGCUACAUAAACAACAAAAAAGUUUUGCGAAAAUGUAUUUAACUCUACUAAAUGGCACCGGCUUCGUAUUUAAUGUAGAUGACUACAUGGAACUGCGGAGCAAACAUCGCAUAAUGGGUGCUCCAGUGGGCACAGCGAACACCAAAGGAUGGAGUCCCAAUCAGUCCAAGGAUGUUCAUUAACUAUAUUUAAUCUUACAGCCUUGCCAGUGGAGCUUACUAAAUUUGAAACCCAGUUGAUUCUGGAUGAAAAUAUAGCAAAGUUAGUUGACAAAUCUCAAGCUUUGAAGAAUCCACCAACCGAAGACGAACUGGAGAAUUACAAGACUGACUUCGAAUCUCGUCUAGAAGGACAAAAGGAAGCUCUUAAAACGGAAAAGCUUCGGGAAACAGAACGCUAUAUGGAAAAAAUACUAAUGGGCAAACGCAAGAAGUUAAUCAAACAGGGGAAAAACGAAAUGGCUGCCGCUUUAACUGCUGAAGAUGUGCUGAAGGAAAUGUCAGACAGUUUUAAAUUCGAUCGACAAAAUGCCCUAGUGGAGGUGCCUUGUGAACAUCUUGAAAAGCAUUCUGCUCGAAUAGUUUCUGGACCUAUCGUGAACGUAAUGUCCCUAAAAUACCGCAUUUUCAAAGAUCUUUGGAAACAGGGAACGUUUGUGACCUCUGGUGAUGCUUUUGGAGCCGACUUUUUGGUGUAUCCCGGAGAUCCCCUCAUUUACCACGCCUCUCAUAUUGUGAUUAUACAGGACACGCCCACAAUUAAACCUUUGGAUCUGGUGGCCAAAGUUCGGCUCUCUGUGAUCGUCAACAAAGGUUGCGUUUUCGCGUAUAAAAACGAAAAUGAUGAGGAAAUUCGAUACCAAUCUGUGGCAUGGUGUAAUCUGAUCAAGUGAGAAUAUUAAAGGUAAGUAGUUUCAUUAAAAUCAUUUUGAUAAAUGCAAUUAAAUUAAAUUAAAAUUAAAAACUGGCAGUCACAUGGAAACCGAAGAAAUAUUUUACAAUUAUUUCCCAAAAAUGUUGGAAAUUUAUUAGUUGUUCAUUCUAUGUUUUUGGAAAGAUCUUACGAAUCCUUUUUAGUUUGCUUCAAAUUUCGUGGUUUUAUCCCUUAUCAGUAUUGCCUGAGUCAUAAUAGUUAUCUAUGCUAAUGCGAGUAUUAUGUUUUUAAGUACCGUACUAUCUUUGUUUUCGAGUAACUCAUAAGUUCUACAUAAAUAGCUCUUCCUAAAACUCUGACAUGAGGGAAUGUAAUGACUUUUAUAAUGUACCGAAAUAUUUUAGCAAGUGAUUAAAAGAAUCAACUUUUUUUUUAAGAUUGAGCGGGAGAGAGUAUGAUUAUUUCCGUGAGCAUGGGUUUUGUUUUUGGCGCCGAAUUGGGUUUCUUUUUCAGAGGAAAUUGGAUACAACAGCAGAGACACAACGCUCCCGCAACGGCCCCCCUCCAAACCCUCUCCCCACCAGCGGCCUCUCCACGUUUCUCCGUCUCGCUCUGAGCAGCAGGAGCAGCGCCAGAAAUUAUUUCUCCCACUCACAGUUGGAAAUGGUGCACAGUACACAUGGUAAAAUCGGUUUUAAUAUGACCACGGCAUCCAACUCGAGGAGGUGUUUGCUCGCCACUUUGUUCAGGGUCCAUUGUUCCAGUUCUCUAGCGGGAGCGACUCUAUAAAGUUUUGUUAAAUUAAUUAGUGAUACAAAAUG